UGACGACUUAGCAGUGCACGUCUGCAGUUUAAUACGUUACGUUUGACCAUUCGUUUCCUACCGCUGUAUUGAUACAAUUUUAAUUUCUUGACUAAAAUUUUUUACUUUAUUAAUUUUUGUAUUCCGGACUUAAUUUCUUUUAUAUUUAUUUAUUCAAACUAUUGACUUCAUUUUUUGUAAAUCGCUUUUUUAUUGUAAAUUGCUCUCCUGUUUUGAUGAAGAUGUUCUACAAUCUUGAGAUGAAGUUUACAUUAGGAUUGAUUGCUGUCUCAGCUAUUAUAGGUCUGGGACAAGCUUAUCCGAACAUUGAUUUCGACAAUGAUGUGCCAGCUGGUACAGAUAGAGAUUUGUUGAAAGAGCUAAUGGAUUUUGUCAAUCUCCUUCCGAUGGAUGAGUUUAUUGGAAUAAUAGCCAAGUAUGUAACUGAAGACGCAAAAGUACGAGAAGCAUUAGAUUUCAUACAAACAAGUGAAUUUGAUGAUUUGAUGCGUUCUCUUGAAUCUCUUAACGAAUAUCAGGCAUACACAGACUUUUUAAAGAAGAUUGGACUUCCUAUGGAAGAAAGCUUAAAGAUGGAGAUACAACAUGCCAUAAAGAUGAAAGAUAAUCCAACUAAUUCAGACUCUAAGGUUCAGGUGGGUGAUGGAAUGGAAGGAAUGAUCAAGAAUCUUGUUAGCACUUUACCUUUGGACAAAAUUGAUGCUCUUUAUGAAGAAAAAAUGAAGAAUUCCAAAAUCUAUGCUGAUUUCAUUACAAAAGUUACGUCGAACGAGAUGGAUAAGAUCGUCAAUGAUCUAAUUGCUAGUGAUGCUUAUAAAAUGUUUAUCACAAAGACCAAAGAAAAAGGAUUGGAAUUUGAAGCAUUAUCCCUUCUUGAUGCAAGAAUACUUGGUAUCAAGUCAGAAUACGAUCACCUUAUCGGUAUCUAAUAUGGUGAAUAUUUGCUACUUGUCAAAGUAGAUUAUAUGUUACUGUAAUAAUGAAACACAAACAUCACUAAUGUAAUUGUUUGUAAUAGUAAAUAAUUAAUGUAAUCAUAAUUAUUUCUUUUGAUGAAAUAAUAAAUUUAUUACUUUAAAAUAAAC